UUAGAUUAUUGGAAGUCUAAUGCUGCUAGAUUUCCUGCUUUAGCUUUAAUAGCUAGGAAAUAUUUAGGAAUUCUAGCUUCUUUGGCUCCUAGCAAGAGAUUCUUCUCUCAAAGCGCUCUUAUUAUAACUAAAUUACAAAAUAGACUUAAUAAGAGUACUUUUGAGAGAAUAACUUGCUUAAAAAGUUGGGGGUUAUUUAAAGACGAAUUAGAAGAGGCUAAAAAAGAAGAGAAAAGGGGGGAGAAAAAGGAGAAAAAACAAGAUUCUGAGGAGGAUAAUUAG